CAUUCAUUCUACUCAGAAGGGAGGGAUUGGUGGCUCCCCGCUCUGCUCUGCUCUGCUCUGCCCACCCGCGUCGCCCUCUUUGUUCCCUCCGUGGCCGCGGGUGGGGGCCCCGGGUGGGAUCCAGCCAUGGCGCAGGUGGGGCACCGGGUGGACUACCUGGCGGGCUUCUGCUGCCCCGUGGGGGGCCUGGCGGCGGGGAAGCCCCGGGUCCUGUGCCACGGGAGCCAGAUCUACCUCUCCAACGGCACCGAGUACGUCUACGUCUACGACCAGGAGAGCAGGUUCAUGAAGGCCAUUUACCGAUUUCCUGACCAAGUUUGGCAUGUUGAACUCUUGCCCAUUCACCAACAGCUUUAUAUCCUUUGUGCUGGAGUCGGUAUUUACUGUGUGUCCUUGGACUACCCAAGCAGGCUAGCGAAGCGAGCAGACGGGGAAGAAAAUGACUGCUUCUCGUGCAUUCUCCCCAUGGGCUCCAGCGCUUGCACCUUUCCUGAUGCCUCACUUUGCACCUUCACACUGCUCAGUGACGUCCUCGUCACCCUCUCCCAAGUCCAGGGGAAGUGGUGCAUGAAUCUCCAUGAGCUCCCAGGCCCCGAGGACCAGGAGAACGUGCCACGCCAACCAAUCUGCCAUGUGGACAUCACCACCAGCACCAGCAGCGAUGGGGACAUAUCCUUAGCCAACUUCCUUCCGGUUCUGUGCUGUGCAUCUUCUCCAGAUGCCAGUGACCACAAGGAGGAUCUUCGCCACUCAGGGGGCUUUGUGCUGGAGGAGCCCCUUUUUAGCCUCCUCUUUGGUGUAGAUGCUGCCAUGCUGGAUUCUCCCAUGAUCCUCUGUGGCUUCCCAGAUGGGCAGCUGUGUUCCGUGCCAUUGAAGGCCCUGAGGUCUCCUGACAACUGCAGCCGUGAAGACUCACCUGUCAAGAUUCUUCAUCAUUUGGAAGAGCCAGUUGUCUUCAUCGGGGCCUUGAGGACAGAGCGGAAGUCUCUGGAUGCAGAGGAGCUGCCGGCCUAUGGGGACUUGGGUUGUGACUGUGUCAUGGCUUUGGGUCACUAUGGGAAAAUGGUGGCCAUCAAGGCAGCUACAGGAGAAGAGGUCAAGGUCCCAGAGCUCAGAGAAUAUUAUUUGCAGGGACCGGUUUUAUGUGCGGCAUGCAGCGGGGGGAGCCGCAUGUACUACAGCACCCAUUCUGACAUCUAUGCUGUUGACUUGGACAGCAGCACCCCUGAGGCUGAGAAAGUGGAGGAUGCACCUGGGACCCUUCCUUCGGCCUUGUCUCCUGCCAGCUUGAGUAUUUGCAGCGUGGUGGCACUUUCUUUAUCUUCCCGGGAGUCAGAAGGUGAAUCUGAGCUUCUGGCUUUAUCUGCUAAGGGUCGCCUCAUGACCUGUGGCUUGUGCAGUCCAGAUGAUACACAGCCUGUAAAAAUGAACCCUGAUAAAGCAGGGCAGAGGAUCAAAGAAUUGUUGUCUGGAAUUGGCCAUGUCUCUGAAAGGGUGUCAUCAUUAAAGAAGGCAGUGGAUCAGAAGAACCAAGCCUUGACAUGCCUGAACCAGGUGAUGAGUGUGAGUGCUGCUUUGCUGUCAAGCCAGAAUGGGCAAAAGCCCAUCACCUGCACCAUUACUGUCCACUGGAGCCACAUCUUGGUUCAGGAUACCUUGACAGUCUCCUGCAUCUUGGAGAACUUGAGUGAGUGUAGCCUGGAGCGAGGCUGGACCUUCUGCGUCCAACUGUUUGCUGGCUCCUGUGACUUUGAUGAAGGUUCCUCAGAUUCUGCCACCACUUAUACUUUUCCCAUAGAUCAACUGCUUCCUGGAAACAAGACAGAGGUGACCCUCCCACUGGGUCCUACAGAAGGCACCAAACUAGAGCUGCCUUUCAUCGUCUCCUGUUCUCUCUACUACAGCCUACAGGAAAUCCUGGGCACUGUCUCAGAGUCCACCGAGCUGCUGGAUGACCUGUUUUCUGACGAUUCUCCAGGGCUUUGUCCAGACAGAGAAGGCAUCUGCCUGCCCUUGAAGGAAGCAACCAUCGAUCUCCUGCAGUGCCUUCGCUUGAAAAAUGGCAGCAGUACAUCUGAUGGCGGCCCACCUGCAGCUGCCAUGCCUCUCCCUGGGGACCCCCUUGACACCUUCCUGAAAUUGUCCCAGAUGCGGUCUGACCUUGAUGGCAUAGAAAGGAGUGAUGAGGUAGUUCCAAGAGCGCUGAACACUCUGGGAGAGGAUUACUUGACCCCUUCGGUAGCUUCUAUCAAAGUGUCCUCCGAACUGCUGAGAACUGCCCUCAAGGACUUCUGUGCAGAUGUGCCGCUGUGCUGUGCCGUGCUCCGGUGGCUGUUGGCAGAAAACGUUGAGGCGGAUGCCCUUCGGAGCCAAGAAAGAAUGGAAGUGUGGGGCCUGGCUCCAGAUGGAGGAGAAGUGCAGCUGAACAUCCGAGAGGUGGCUGUCAGUGACAUGAACACAGCAGGGCCCCUCCAAGCUGUCGAGAUUGUAAUCCAGAGCUCCCCAUUGGCCAACAUGUGCCAGCUGCACCAUGCAGUAGUCAGGCGGAUUCAGGCUCUAGUUUUGGAGCAAGCAGCCCAGGAUUCUUCUCCCCCAGAUAUCCGUGUGCAGUACCUCCAGCAGAUCCAAGCCAACCAUGAGGUCAGCUGCCUUGGAGCAACUGGGGCUCCCUCCACUUGCUAUGCUGCUAAAGGAGGCCCAGUCCCUGCGUGAUCAGCUGUGCUUGGACAACGAUUCAGAUGCAACGGUGGAGAAGCUCCUUCAUGUUUAUCGGCAGCUGCGCAACCCCAGCCUCAUUGUCUUGUGAGCACCAAGCUGUGGCUGCUUACCCAUCUUCAAGACGGAGCUUGGAUGAUUUCACUGCCAUUUCUGCUUGGUGCCAGUGUGGGAUGAAAGGGAACAGCUGGCUGUACACCUUGUGAACUGACUUGAGGGCUGAUGCAGAGGCAUAGCUGGGGGGAGGGGAUUAAGAUGGGCAAAAUUAGGGUCCCAAUGGGUCAGUUCUGAAGGAUGAAAGGCCUGGGGCUCAGCCUUUCCUUUUGUCCCUUGCUUUUCCCAUUCACUCCCCACCUUUAAUGUGGUACUUUCUCCCUGCCACCCCCCACCCCACCCCGAGCUCCUGAAUGCUUGCCUAUUCUUGGCGGGUUUGAUUGGUGCUUUGUGGCAGUCUAGCACACAGGCAAAGAGUCUGGGCAGAUAGCCUGUGUGCAAGUGCGUGUCAAGCAUUUGUAUGUACAUGUGUGUUGCUUGGACGGCCGGCAAGGUGCUGUAGUGGGUGUGGGUGGCGUGUUGUGGAUCGCACUUGACGUUGUUAGUUUUAACUUCUUUUGCUUUUGGUGGUGGUUGCUUAGCUGUGGCAGGCCAGAGUCUGGUGAACUGUAUGUGUGAAGGGGAGGGGGCAGGUUCAAGUGGAAAUGUAACCACUUUUUAUUCACUCCAGACAGCAACAACAGCAGAAAAGGGCUAUGCCUCUAGCUGUGUCAUAUAUUUUCGGAAACACUGUGGAAAAACACACCUGAUGUCACACACACACAAAGUAACAGAGGGGUGCUAUUAGUACAGUACCCCUUUUUCUAAUGGGGCGCAUUGCUCCUUUUUCCAGUAUUUGUCCUUUCUAUAAACAAUGUGCUUGUUUGUUUCCAUGGUGGAGACUCCUACAA